AUGGCUCAACCAAACACAGACAACAAAACCUCAAAACCAGAGCCCCUGCGCGAGCUCUGCAUCCCCAACAUGAACAAAGACUCGAGCUUCACGUACGUGCACAUGCACCGCGCGGCCGACGCCGACCUGUUUGAGGACUUUUGCCGCGACAAGCUGCCCGACGACGAGAUAUACGUGCCGCCGCAGCACCAGCCCGUCAACCCCGAGGACGAGGACGACGUGGUGCCCGACCAGCACGCCGCGUUUGGCAUCCAGCGCGCGACGCAGCGCGUCCGCGAGCCGGCGUGGAAGGACCUCGGCCUGGCCGCGCUCAUGGACAAGGGGCCCGACGCAAAGGGGAGGAAGAAUAGCGGCAAGGGCGCUGUUGGUGUGCGGAACUUGCCGCGGUGA